AUGUUGGUGAAAAUCUGUUGGAUCGUGUGUUUCCUCCUUGCGUCUGUGGCAGCUCUCCAUCCUAAGGUUGUCAGUGCCUCUGACCAAAACGAUUGCUUGCAAAGUACUGCAAAAACAACUGAACCUGGAGCUCGAAAACAACACUUCAACAAGGGGAUAUCCAAUGGUUCCGGCUUUCUCUUUGCCUCGCAGAAGUAUAAUUUCAAAAACCGUGGAUCCAAAUCAGCCGGAAUGCGAAAUAGAAUCAUGAAGGACCUUGCUGCUUUCAAAAUGAAAUUCUCUGACCAGGAUGAAGUUUCAGUCCGGUGGACAAUCGACGUGAACACUCCAGACGUUCCUACUGCUUCAGCUACGAGAAAGAUCAAGGUGCAGCUGCCCCUAAAGAUUAUUUUUGUGAAAAACAACAAGCUCGCUUUAUGA